AACACUAAGACAAAAACAACUUUCUUCUCUUCUUUGUUCUUCAUUGGCGCGCAAUGGCUCAAAAUGAUAGGAAUACAAAAAUCGCACAAAAGGCUUUUGAAAUAGUCGAUAAUGUGUAUGGUAAGUCCCACAAAAUUACCCCUAACCCAUAUGUUCCUAGAAACGAGCUUCCUUCUUAUUUUAACCAAAAUUCCUACGAAUAUGGUGGUCCAAAAUCUUAUAUUGUAAAAGAGGCAACUAGUACUAUUACUGCUCGUCGAGUCAUUUAUCAGUCUUCUUAUGAGUCAACUAUAGAAAAGCCAAUUUUUUAUCAUCCCACGGCUCGUACUCAAUACUUCAGUGGUGCCCGUCCUUUUAUUGGCCAUGUUGACCGGUUUGAGAGGCCGAAAGAACGGGCUAUUAGCUGCGAUGAGGCGGUCCAGCGCUAUGGAGGGGUGCUUAUAAAGGAAUUUCGUAAAUAAGCGGGAUAAAACGUAAGCUAUGUUGAAAAUGUAAUAAAUUAUAAGAAGUAUGAUAGUUUUUAUUUUUCUGCCUUCGGAAAAAGUGCAAACCAAGACAUGUGUUUGUUACUUAAAAUAAGGUUUAGAUCGUCACUAAGUGUUGAGGUCUGCUAUGUAUUAUAAGUAAUAUAAGUUGAAGUUUAAUAUCUAAUUGAGAUAACUCGUUAAAGUUUAUAUGCUUUUCUAGUUAAUGUAAAUUUGUAUGGCUUAACUCCUCCAAAGAUUUUUAAGUAUGUAAGUUGAAACACGUGAAUGUAGGUUCUACGAAUGUGUUAACGACGUAUAUCUACAGUGGAUACUCAUAUACUUGAUCUUAAAUUUUGCACAAGUAUCUGCUCUACAAAAUUUGGAA